AAGGACAGGAGGAGAAGAAGAGGGAAGGAAGACGACCGUCCCUGGGGAAGGAGAAACGCACCACGCGAUAUCCCAGGCGGAUGCAAGGGGAUGAAAGGCGUUGAUUUUUUUCCCGUGACUCUCGUUUUUCUUUCCACUUUGCAAACACCCUCACAGAAAGGCAAACACGCAAAAUAGUUGGCGAAGACGAUGUGAUGAAGAAGCAACAGAACGCCAAGAAGAACUUUCUGUAACCUCCCGCCCCCUCAUCGCGCUCGAUUCGAGCGCUGCGUAGUUGGGAGAAGAUGAGUCUCGCGAGGAGGAGGCCUUCGCUUUGAAGGAGAGAAGCGUCGACAGGAAAAAGAACAGAAAACGGAGAACCUCGGCGCAUUCCUCGCCGCGCCUUCGGCACCCGCCUCUUCCCCUCGCGCGCGCAUCUCGGUGUGCAAGAAAAGUCGCAGACUCAGCUGUCACGCUUUCUUUUCGCAGUCGAGGUGGAGGAAACGUUCUCUUUUCUCUCGAGCGAUCACCGAGUCUCCAGCGAUCACCGAGUCUCCAGCGACCGCAGAGUGUCGAGCGAAGGAGAGCGAAAGAGACGAAAGGGACUUCCAGAGUGUGGAGAUUUUUUCGGAGACUCGGAUUUGAAAAGGAGAGGAGAGGAGAGCCUGUGUCGCGAAGACUCCGCUGGACGUCUCAUCCCGUUUCUCCGCGCCCUCUUGUCUCUCUUCUUCCCCGGAGAAACGGACAGAGUCGGAGUGGGGAGUGAGGUCUCUGCGGUCUUCUCCUUUCUUCUAAAGUGUACCCCCAGGACUCUCAAGGUCGGAUGGUGUUUCCUCGGAGAAAGAAAGGAGCUCCGGAAAAAAGAGUCUUCAGCGGUCACUCUCGUCCUGCGUGGGCAUUUCCAACUUCCCCUUUCGACACAGGCUUGGCGGAGAAGUCACGGACUCUCUCCCCAGCUCGUUCUCUCAUCGCCUUCCUCUCUGCCAGUCUGCUCCACCAGUUCCGUUGAGGCGAUUUCAAGAGCUGGAAACCGAAGAUAACGAUCAAGCACCUUCUCUUCCCUCUUGUCUGGCGUUCGUUGCAUGUCUGUGCAUCUGCAACUCAACUCUUCCCGUUCCUGCCGCUUUUUGCGACCUCCCUUGCUUCCACAGACACACUCUACAGUGUAGGGUGUACAGUCAUGGCGGCGGACAGGCUCAGAGCCGACGGCGCUCCUGCCGACUUCCCCCGUUGUCUUUCCUCUCUGCCUCGCUCUCGUCUUCUCUCUUUUAUCUCUGCGUUCUCUCUAUCUCCUUCCUUAUCUCGCUCUUGCUCCUCUUCGUCGUCUGCUUCUCCUCGCUCUCGUCUCUUCUCUACUUCUUUCACUUCUCCGUCUUCUUCCUUCUCUUCUUCUCCGUCUCCUUCCUUCUCUUCUUCUUCGUCUCCUUCCGUCUCUCUUUCUGGUUCCUCUCCCUGGCCGCGCUUCUCGUCUUCUUCAGUGCUUUUUUCUUCUUCCCCUGUGGCGUCUCGCCUGCGGUCUCCCGCCUUUCUCAGUUCUCCCGCGCGUCCGUUUGCGUCCUCGGCGGAGUCUCCGCGCUCGUCCUGGAGUUUCUCCUCGCGGCUGGCGUCACUGCGGCGAGAGGCGCGACAGUUCUGGAAGCAGAAGAGUCUGCAGCAGAAAGUCAAGUACUCUUCCCUGCUUCUGAACACUGCCUUCAUCGCGUUCAUGAGCAGUCGGCUCUUCGAGCACCAGCGGUCGACGGACAUGCUCUUCGAGGAAGAACUGAAGAGAAGAAGCGGGGAAGCCGAGGACUGGAAGUGCUACCACACCCACCGUCUCUUCUACAGCCAGUGCCGGGACUUGCCGACCUCGCUCUGGGGACGCUCGGGUGUACGUACACCUGGCGGGGGGCCAGAGGCGCUGCAACGAGUCGCGGGGGAUGGAGGAAGCGAGGAAAAGGAGGUCUCUCGCGAUGCGGUGCCAGUGGACUUCCUCUGCGCUAGAUUGGAGGGAGAGCUGGAAAAAUGCCGAGACAGCCUCGCCCGUCACAUUCCCGACGAAACGCCCGCCAUGAAGGAAAUCACAGACAUCACCAACCUUCCGCCGUGGCUAAAGGACCGUCCUGUGUAUGUACAGUUUUUCCAGGCGAAAGCCAAGAGACAGCGAAACCGGGAAGAAGAGAAAGCCGACUCCCAGUCCGACGCCUCGCCGUCUUGCCCUUGCUCCCUCUAAAUUUGCGGCAAGACAGAAAGGCCAGCUGGCACCUCUCCGUUUUCAUCUUCUCUACCGAUUUCUCUCUGUUUCUGAUGGUUCGGUUUCACCGCUUUGGCAUCGCUUCCGGAUUCACUUGUCGGUCUCUUUCUCCGCCGACGUUUCCUUGCUUCUCCUUCGCCUUCGUUUCUUGCGCCGACCUGAUCUGUUGGAGACACACUUGUGUUUUCCGCGCUUCGUCAAUGCUGCCAUUUUGUCUCUUUGCCUCUUCUCGCGUUCACUCUCUCGAAAUUCAGCUUUUCUCGCUGACAUAACGUUUCGCAGGACUCCGGCGCGCAGACCGAGCUGCAGGGUCCGCUCACCUGGCUCGUCUGUGUUCAGCCGUCUCUCGCGUUACAGGCAGGGACCUGGGAGUCGACUGUCAAGCAGGCUUGCGGUGGCGUCUCUGCUUGAAGGUUUUUUCCUCCUCGAACUCGUGGAAUCCGGGGGAAGGACGAUUCGAGGCACAGUGCAGAGACAUCAAAACUCGACCCCCACAGUCGCUCUACCAUUGUGGAACGAAAGAACGUUUCCCCACAGUUUAGUAAAGAUUCAAGACGCUAUUCCAAAUGCAAUAACAAUGCACUCCUCCAGACCUCAAGCGAGGGUAUGCUUUCUGUUUUGUUUAGACACAGUCACAGACUUCUUACACCGAACGCGCGAGUUGCCUCGGAGACUGCGCGGAGCUUCUCCGUCCCUGCUUUUGAAGUGCAACAAACGGCACACUGCACGGAUAUACACUUCGGCACAUUCACAUCACUUCACGCAUUGUGGCG